AAUUGUACUUUAUUAGAGACUUAUAUAUAAAUAGGUAUAUAUCCACUAGAGUCUUUAGAAAAGUCGUUUUUUAAUAAAUCAACAAUGUACUUAAUUUUAGUGGUUCUAGUACUUGUAUACUUGGUAUAUCUUGUCAUAACGACAGCAUUACCACAUCAUUUCUUAAUUCCAUCUCAACAUUGGAAAGAUAAGAUAUUAAAAGUUUUAAAUCAUCCAACUCCUAUUUAUCUUAAAGUUGGAUCUAAACGUUCAAGUUUUAGAAGAAGGCUUGUACUUGCCAGUGUUCAACCAUCAUUUUAUACUAAUUUUAUUAAUAAUAAAUUAAAGAUUCAACCUGAAGAUUCUAAAAAUGAAAAUAAUCAAUUUAUAAAUCAAAUGUCUAAACGUGAUAUUAAUGAUACUAAUCGAAAAUUACUUUAUGGAUUUUUUCAUCCUUAUGCUAAUAAUGGUGGUGGAGGUGAAAGAGUAUUAUGGGAAUCUGUUAAGGCAACUUUAUUAGCUGAUGAUAGAAAUAUUGCUAUAAUUUAUACUACAAAUACUGAUGUUGAACCAUUAAAUAUAUUAGAGAAUGUUAGUAAGAAAUUUCAAAUUAAUAAUUUAGAUUCCAAAAGAAUUUUAUUUAUAUAUUUAAGGCGAUUUAAUAAUUUAAUUGAUGGAGCUUAUUGGAAACACUUCUCCCUUAUUGGACAAUUAAUUGGAUCAAUUCUUUUAGCUUUAGAAGCUAUGCAAGAAUUAUCUCCAGAUGUAUGGAUUGAUACUAUGGGAUUACCUGGUAGUUACUUACCAGUAAGUCUUAUUCUUAAAAUUCCAAUUUUAGCUUAUGUUCAUUAUCCUAUAAUUCAACCAGAAAUGUUUAAUAAGUUAAAAUUUAAAUCAUUAAAAUUAUCGGAAUUUACUCAAUUUUCUUGGUUAAAUCCUCGAGAUUAUAUUGCAUUAGGAAAAUUAAUUUAUUGGUCACUUUUAUAUUGGUUCUAUGCAUUUUUAGGUUCAAGAGUUGAUAUAACUUUAGCUAAUGGUACAUGGACUCAUAAUCAUUUAGAAUCUAUUUGGGUAUUUAAUCGAGCAUUUGGAAAUCAAUUAGAAAUAUUAUAUCCUCCUUGUGGAACUGAAAGUUUGAGUUCUGAAUCGGAAUCUGAAUCUAAUCCACCUCAAUCAAGAUUAAAUAAAUUAUUAUAUGUUGCACAAUUCCGUCCUGAAAAGCGUCAUUCAUUAAUUUUAAAGGAGUAUAGUCAAUUCUUGAAGAAGAACUUUCCUAAUGUUUCUCAGCCUAAUUCAAGUAUUCCCACUAUUGUAUUCCUUGGAUCUUGUCGUACACCAGAUGAUACAAGUACUUUAACAUUAUUAAAAUCUGAAGUUGAACAAUUACAAUUAAGUAAUUUUGUUGAAUUUGUUGUUGAUCAACCGUAUAGUGAAGUUAUACAUUGGCUUAGUAUUAGUAAAUUUGGUCUUAAUGCCAUGUGGAAUGAACAUUUUGGUAUUGGAGUUGUUGAAUAUUUAGCUAGAGGAGUUAUUCCUCUUGUUCAUGCAUCUGCUGGACCAUAUUUAGAUAUUGUUACUGGAUGGAAUGAUGAGAAUAAAGAAGAAGCAUGGCGUAAUAAUACAGGAUUCUUUUUUAAAUCAUAUGAUGAUCCUGAUUUUGAACCUAGUAUUCAAUCCAAGGAAGAUACCGAGUAUUUAACAUUUCAAGAUCGGAAUGAUUCAUCGAUAUUAAUUAGUUAUCCUUCAUUAAGUCAACUAUUUAGUGAAUUAUUUGUUAAUCAACCUCAAUUAAUUUCAGACACAAAUCUUGAAAUUCUUCGAUCUAAUGGGAUAGAAUUAGUUAAGAAUAAGUUUUCUAAUCAUACAUUUGAUACUCAAUGGAUACAGUACCUUAAUAAUUUAGAAGGACUUGAAAAGUCGUAUCGAGAGCAUAGACGAGAUAAGGUAGGGAUGGUAUUUUGAUUUGAGUGUAUAUAGUAUAUUGUAUAGGUAUUAUAUAGUUAAGUGAUAUUAUAUAGUUAAGUGAUAUUAUAUA